AUGUUUGUGCUAUCCAAAAUUUCCGAUCAAGAUGCCUUGAAUCAGUCAGUGGUUAUAUACCCCUUGAAUAACACAGCAUGUGUAGUGGCUUUAACGGCUUCUGGACAGAAAUUAAUUUUAUACAAGGUGAAAUACAAUGAUUUGGUAUAUUUGGAGAGUAUCAAUCUAGAUGGAAAAGUGUUAGCAAUAGCAAAAAUUAGAAUUGGCAACCAAGAAGCAGUGGUCUACUUGGAUGAUCAAUUCCAAAUUGGAAUACUUUUCAUUGAUAACGAAUUUUGUACUACUAUAAAGAUUUUAGCUAAACUAUCCACCACAGGGCAAAGUAUGAUAAUUGAUAUGCAUAUUUGUAUGGUGGCCGAUCCAUCUGAAAACACUAGAUUCAUUGCAUUUCAUAUAUUUCGUGAUGUCGUUCACGUCUUUCAUUUCAACAAUAUCCUGUCUGUUGAUGCUAUAUUGGGAAAGGAUCAUAAAACUUCAAGGACGCGUCGGAAAAAGAGGCGUAGUGAUCUUGGCAAAUGGUGGUCGCUUGAAUCGAUUUCAGUUGCAAGGAUUAGUGUUAAGCAGAUUGCAAUCUUGGAAAAGCCAACAAACACCAUGGCGAUACUUUAUAAAGAUGUGAAUUCAAAUUUUUUCGUAAGAUGCUUGUCAGUGAAAGGUGUAGACUCACUACAUGCAAAACAACCCAUAAUAGAGUUUGAACAGGAUUUGCCCUGUUUGAUAAUUCCCUUUCAGGCUGGAGGUUACAUUGUAUUAUCAACUUUCAGCGUAUUUUACUUUCCUGAUGAUCAAAUUCAAUACAUUACUAUUUCAAGCGAGAUAAAUGAUAUAUCUAUCAUCCAAUCACACUCUAAGCUUCAUUGCGUCAAGGAAUUGAUUAAAUCUGGGAAUGGCAUUUGUGAGGAAAAUUAUGUUUCAUUUGAAGUGAUUGACAAGACUAGGUUUUUGGUCAUUGCGGAGUCUGGUAGAAGCUACUUGUUGUUUACUGAUAUGGAAAUAUCCUCUAAAACUACAAUGAUUAUUAACCAAAUGACUAUGAUUAGUCUAGGAGAAGUUACUAUUCCUUAUUAUAAUGGACUAAGCCAUAUAAGUGGGGAUUUGUUUUUCCAAAGUUCACAGUUUUCAAGAUCGGUAUUGUUUCUGGUAUUGCCAGAAAAGCCGCAUAUCCAUAUAAGAGCAUAUAUCGAGAGUAGUCCUCCUGUACUAGAUAUCAAAGACAGGGGUAAACAGGACGAGGAGUUGUACACAUGUCAAGGUAGCUGGGAGGGCAGUGAACUACGGAAAUAUGGAGGCGUCCAGCACUUUCCAGAACUUCUCAACACGAAAAGUAUAGACAUGAAAAUCAAAAAAUUAACAAUAAUGAGCUCAAUGGUCAUGGUCUAUAAUGCCAAUGGUGAUAGUGUUGCACUAGAAGCACAGAACUUAAUGCCAAAAAUAACGUAUCCGAAAAUAGAUCUGGAUGUUUUGGCAUAUCAUGAGGAGGCAGAUUUCCAAUAUUCUAUUACUCGUCUGUCUUUGAGUGUUGAUGGAAAACCUAUGGUGAAUGAACCCUUUAUUUAUUUUAGUGUUGUGCCUGAAAUUAAUAUUGUAGUUGCUGUUUCCGACACCAAAAGGAUUUAUGUUUUACAGAAAAACAAUGUGUUUGAUUUUAAAAGCGAAGUACUCGAAGAAAUUACAAGUAUUGAUGCAAUUCACGUGGGCGAUGGGACAAUUUUGAUUUUAGCAACUGAUUGGAAUGGAAGAUAUCAGAUUUGGAAAGUUGUUAACAAGAAAGUUAAGUCACUUUUCUAUGGCGAAUUGCAAGAUAAUACGUUUGUAUUGGAUUCGGUGAUAAUACAGUCGGGUAAAAAUGGUAUAACUGUUUUUAUGCUGACAAAGAAGGGAAGUUUGCAUCAAUUAAUUUUCGCUUUAACGGAGAAGGGAAUCGAUAAAGUUAAUUCUACAGAGCAAUAUGUGAGUGAUGUGCCAUGUAUUUUGAGAAAGUUCAAAGACAACGUGCUUGUUUUUAAUUCUAAACAUUUGACUGCAUUGAAAAAAGACGAGUUGCUGGGGUUUUUUGUCAAAAAACGCAUAUAUGUUCCGGACCCGGACAUUGCUGAUGUUUGCUUUGUAACUGAAGAUGUGAUCUUGAUUGGUUAUCGGAACGGCCGCAUAGAUCAAGUGAGAAUUAUCUUGCCCCAGCCAAUUGUUAGCCAUCAAAGCUUAUUUUCAAAUAAACUAUACCUUAAGUGUCUACCUGUUCCGCUAGCGAAAUAUUUAGUUGGUGUUGUUCUCGAUAAUUCAACGGAUUCCGUUAAUACUCAACUCCACUUGGUUGACACUGACACUUUUGAAUUAUUAUCCACUUAUGAAUUUGACGAUCCUCCGGGUGUUCAGGUUGUUGAUAUUUGCUUGAUACAAGAACCGCAGACUAUAAAUAACCAUAUGGAUGGUUUAUUUGUGUGUUUGACAUUGCUGACAGAAUUCCCGUUAUAUGUAUUUGGUAUUGAAGAAUCUAAAUUAGUUUGCUUAAAUCGUGGAACUAUAUCUGGGAUGGAUUCAUUGACCGAUAUUAAACUAAAUUCAAUUUCACUGUUUGACCAAGAGAAACAAAUUUAUUUGUGUUCUGGGAAUAUUGUGACUUUGAUCCAUUUAAAUAUAGAUGACAAGUUCCAAUGGACAUUCGUCCCAAGGUCUGCGGUUCAUAGUCCUGCUUUUGUGGUAUCACAGUGGUCGUAUGAAAACAUGGUCUAUUUGGCUGAUGCAAUUCAUGGUGCCUUCUCUUCUAACGUUGAUGAAUUGGAAAAGCAUAGUGCAAUGAAACUAAUAAAAGUAGAUACAGAUUCCAUGGGAAAUCAAAUGACAGCAAUAACAGCUUUGAGACUGCAAGAUAAUAGAUAUGUUAUUAUUGGUGAUGCUCUUGGUAAUGUGAAUAUUAUUCAGACAGAUCCAAAUGAUCCUCUGAUACGUCUGGUCUUUAAGUUCAAUAUAGGCGAUCAGAUAAAUUGUAUUUCCGCUUUGGGUAGACAAAAGUCAUGGGGAGCACAAAUUUGCGCAAUAGGAACAGUACUGGGUGGCUUAUUUAUAUUGAACAAAACUGAUUUAAAUGGAUGCUGUGAAUCCUUGGUAGAAUUUGCUGCAAAUAAUUAUCUUGAGCUAUUAGAAUGUGAUGAAGAAUCGAAAAACAAGGAUGACAAAUCUCAGUGCAACGAAAUUAUUAGUGAUACAGUCAUUGAACGAGUAUUGAAUCACUUUAUUGCCAAUCCAAUCGAGUUCUCACAGACAUACAAUAACUUAUACUUGAAUAGACACCGAUUACAGCUGGUACAUUUUGAAUGCAAUAGUAUAUAG